AUGGAGUCAAGUGUAGACAAAACGCGAGAUCCUAGCUGCCUGAUGAAAACCCAUUUCUUGAAACCUUACGUAACCUCCAUUGAUGGUCCUGUAGCUGAGCUUCCACGUCGUCGUCGUGUCUCUGUUUCUUCAUCAUCAGACCUAAAGGUUCUGUCUUUGAGUAAUACCGACAAUGGGUUUCGGUCUCCAAACCCUAAUUUCUUUCUUGGCUUUGAGGAGUUAAAUGAAACUUGUAAUACAAGCAAUACUGUUGAUGAUGAUGCAUCUCCUGAUCCUGAGGUACUGCCACUAAGUCAGCUUCUUAAGAAGUUGGGAGAAGGGUUUCCUGCAAGACUCAAGCGACCUAGGAAACUUAGAAUAGCGAGACGUAUGGGAUCUGAGAUAAAGAAACACAAGACUGGUGAUUGUGGUGGAUCAGUUUCAAUAGACGUGCCACUUAGCGAGUUGUUUCACAAGGAGUUAGCGAAGAGGACAAGUGAGGAUUUGAGGGGCAAGCGAGCUCGUGGGGAUGAUGAUGAUAAUGGUAUGGGUUCUUCUGAUGAUAUUACUAUUUCUCAGCUGGUCAAGUCUAGAAAGAAAACUGGAGGUGAUGCUUCUGGAUCACUUGGAGUCAGGAGGAGAGAUAAGGAUGCUAACAAUGAUUCAAGGAUUUGUCAAGAGCUUGCUUCUGUAGCACCACAAGAAUUAGAGAGAAGGAAUGAAGAUAAAGAUGAAGAAGAAACUAGAAGUAAAGCAAAGGAGACUGUGGUGGCAAGACAAACCUGUGUUGAUGUUAAUGGAAGAAACAAUCCAGAGAAGAAGAAGACUGUGAUUGAUCCUGGAACCAAGGAAGCACAGUAUUCGCUCCAUGAAGAAGGAGAGAAGCCUUCUCGUUUUGCUACAGGUUCUGUUACUACAAAAUACAAGACUGGUGAUUGUGGUGCAUCAAUUUCAAUAGACGUGCCACUUAGUGAGUUGUUUCACAAGGAGUUAGCGAAGAGGACAAAUGAGCAUUUGAGAGACAAGAGUGAUAAGGAGUGUAACAAUGAUUCAGUGAUUUGUCAAGAGCUUGCUUCUGGUGAUGAUGAAUGCAUAGCCCCACAAGAAAUAGAGCCACAGACUGAAGAGAAUGAUGAAGAAGAAACUAGAAUCCAAGUUGAGGAGAUUACCAUUCUGCCUCCACUAAAGGCAGGACAAACAUGUGAUGAUGAAGUUGAUGUAAAUGGAAGUAAUAAUCCAGAGCAGAAGAAGAAGACUGUGACUGAUCCUGGAACCAAGGAAGGAGAGUGUUCGCUCCAUGAAGAUGAAAGACUGAAACAGAGAAAGCUUACAACGAAGGAGCUUGCAUUGGAUUUAGAGGCACGUAUUACGAAGGUGGAGAAGACUUUGGCAACGAUAAGAAACUGGAAAACCAAAUGA